UUUGUGUAACAAUGAUUUCUGAUACGAGUUAUUGCUAUGCUUAUACAAUCACCACAUUAGGGCGCGACGGACUUGUCUUCAAACUCUAUAAUACAGUAUUACUGGCAAACCCGCCACUCCGAAACCUUGAAGAAUUUCGCGAACGAUCGUUGUACAACGAUGCCCCAGACCCAGACGUGAAACGACGAUCUCCUGCAACCGAAUGUGCAAAGCCUA